AGAAGGAUACAAAACGUUCAAGGCGAUACCGUGUUUGCGCUUUACAAAGCCCUCUUUGAGGUUCUGACUUGCCGGGUUGGAGGACGUGGUUUCCGAAGCAUAGCAGUCCCCCCAGACACGCAUGCGAGAGUGUUUCUCUUCGAGCACCGUAUACAUUCCUCCGUGUCAAGAACACCAAAAAGAGAACGAAAUUGAAAAGGCGGAAGAGGAAGAGGGGCGAUCUAGGGCUUGCGAUGGAUCUGGAUAUCUGGAUUCAGAAGGUGAAGGAGGGCCAGCACCUCAUGGAGGACGAGCUGCAGCUCCUGUGCGAAUACGUGAAGGAGAUUCUGAUUGAGGAAUCCAAUGUGCAGCCUGUUAAUAGUCCAGUAACUGUCUGCGGUGACAUCCAUGGACAGUUUCAUGAUCUUAUGAAGCUUUUCCAAACUGGAGGUCAUGUACCAGAGACCAAUUAUAUUUUUAUGGGAGAUUUUGUUGAUCGUGGGUACAACAGUCUUGAGGUCUUCACUAUUCUUUUGCUUCUCAAAGCAAGAUACCCUGCAAAUAUUACUCUUCUACGCGGGAAUCAUGAAAGCAGGCAACUGACUCAGGUCUACGGCUUUUAUGACGAGUGCCAGCGGAAAUAUGGCAAUGCAAAUGCAUGGCGGUAUUGCACAGAUGUAUUUGAUUAUCUGACACUAUCAGCAAUUAUUGAUGGAACUGUUCUUUGCGUGCAUGGAGGAUUGUCUCCAGAUAUUCGAACAAUUGAUCAGAUUAGGAUCAUUGAGAGAAACUGUGAAAUUCCACAUGAAGGACCUUUCUGCGAUCUGAUGUGGAGUGACCCAGAAGAGAUCGAAACUUGGGCUGUUAGUCCACGGGGUGCAGGGUGGCUGUUUGGGUCGAGAGUUACUUCAGAGUUUAAUCAUAUAAACAAUCUAGAGCUGGUAUGUCGGGCACACCAACUAGUCCAAGAAGGUCUCAAGUACAUGUUUCAAGACAAGGGCCUGGUGACGGUAUGGUCUGCUCCAAAUUAUUGUUACCGGUGUGGCAAUGUUGCAUCAAUCUUGAGCUUUAAUGAAAAUAUGGAGAGGGAGGUGAAGUUCUUCACAGAGACCGAGGAAAACAAUGCAAUGAAAGGGCCAAGAACAGGAGUACCCUAUUUCUUGUGAUGAAGACUUGUUCUUUGCUGCUACGAGUUUACAUUCUCCUGUACAUCUUGCUGAACUGAGUGAUUCAUUGUGCUACGGAAGGCAGAUUGAUAAGAGCCUCAGACACUCGUCAGCUGCUUAAUGAAAUCCUUAAUUUACGAGUUAGAAGUGUGUUAACGUCUUCUUUCUGCCUCCAGCGGUUUUGGAAGUCUCCAAUGUAUAUUUUGUGGUUCUAUUUAUCAAAAUCCUGCUAUUCCUUGUGGUUUAUGUAGUAGCAUGGUUUCCAUAUUAGAAGUUCAAACAAGGAUUUGUAGUUACCAUGGUUAACAGGUAUUCAGCAUUCCAAUUCAGUUUACUUAUUUUUUUUCA